AUAUCUCCCAAUACCCAAUAUUAUUAUAAUAUAAUCAUUUUAUAUUGUACAGAGUAUGGUAGGGUUGUGGCUUCGAUAUCGGACAGUCGAAUCGUCGAUGGUUACGACGCCAAGAUUGGAGAAUUUCCGCAUAUAGUAUCGUUGCAAUCAAGGCCGUGGGAUUCUCGUAUUUUGAAACACUUUUGCGGUGGAAGUAUUAUUAGAGCAAAAUGGAUUUUGACUGCUGGGCAUUGCGUCGGUUUAUUGCCUAACCCCGACGUAUUUGUCGUCAAGGCUGGAAAGUAUAAAAUCAAUAUGAAAGAGAUUACCGAACAAGUCGGUACAGUUGAGCAGAGCUUUGUUCAUAAAUUAUACCGCGGAUACAUCUUUAUUUAUAAAUACAGGGGCACGGCGCCAUAUGACAUAGCGUUACUAAAACUCCAUAAGGCAUUCAAAUUUAAUCAAUAUGUUGAUUUCAUCGACAUUCCCCAUCCGAAUGCAAAAACCUUUGGUAACGUUACCUUAGCUGGAUGGGGUUCCAUUUCCAAUUCACAAAGUCCCGAAUAUCCCAGUAAUUUACAAACCGCCAGAUUACCCAUUCUUGACUUUAAUACUUGCAACGAUACGAUUGUAAAAACACUGCAUCGAUCUCUAUUGCAUUCGACCAACAUAUGCACUGGAUCACCCGUAAAUGAAAUAGCACCAUGUAGCGGUGAUUCUGGCAGUCCUUUAAUGACCAUUAAUAAAGACUACAGUCAACUAGUCGGAAUUGUUUCCUGGGGCAUGAUUCCUUGCGGUAUGCCCGAUAUUCCGUCCAUCUACACUAGAGUAUCAGCAUUCGUUGAAUGGAUCGAAGAAACUAUUAGCAAAAAUUCUUAAUAUAAAGAUUUUCUUAUUUAAUUUCUAUUGCUGUUUUGCGAAUA